AUGGGAGGCCCUCCCUUCGGUUUCCCACAUAACGGCAUGGGGCCGCCGAACUUUGGCUGCCCUCAGGGGGGGCCCCCUCCUCCUGGGGCCCCUGGAGGCAACAUGGGGCCCCCAGGCCCGAUGUUCCCCCCGCCGGGUGCAUUUGGAGGGCGGCCUCCCUUCUCUGGGGGCCCCAUGGGGGGCCCACACCCACCUGGUGCGUUUGGGGCCCCUCCUAUUCCACCUCCUGGCGGUGCUUUCGGGCCGGGGGCGCCUCCCCCCUUCGGGGGCCCUGGGGGAGUUCCGCACGAAGCAGCAGCAGCAGCAGCAGCAGCUGCUGCUGCUGCGGCUACCUUAGCAGCAGCGACGGGAGGGUUCGGGGGGCUCCCAUUUGUGCCAGGGGGCCCAUGCGGGCCUGCUGGAGGGGCCCCCGGCGUCCCUGGAGGACCCCCCGCUUUAGGGCAUGCGGCCCCUCCUUCUUUAGAUGAGCAUAUGAAGAAUGUGAGGCCCUCCGAUUAUGUUCCCUUGAAGGCAGAGAAAGGAAUGCGGAGGGCAGGUGUUUCUGGGGGACAGGAGCAGCUGCUGCUGCAGCGGCUGCAGGAGGAGGGGGCAUUCGCGCGGCUGAUGAAGAUGGCAAAGGAGCAGCUGCACCGGGAGGGGUUUGUGUUUGCAGUGCAGCAGCUGGUGGCAGCUCGAAUGAAGGAAGCAGACGGGAUUGCUGCUGCUGCUGCAGGGGAUGAAACAGGCCUAGUUAACCUUAUUAGAGAAGAAGGCAGGAAGCAGAUACCGGAACAAGUUAAGAAGACAAUCUUAAGAACAAUUGAAACCCUUGCAGGGUUAGAGGCCCCCAAGCCGAAGGCAGACGAAGAGGAGGAGGCAGACGAGCAGGAGAAGAGGCAGGAUGAGGAUACGCAAGACAAGGAAGCAAAAGCAGGUGAUAAGUCUCCUGCCCCAGCAGCAACCAGUGUCUCUGUCAGCAGGAGCCGUAGCGUCAGUCGGGGCAGCAUCGACAGGAGCCGCAGCAGGAGCCGCAGCAGCAGCCGCAGUAAGAGCCGUAGCAGCAGCAGAAGCAGCGUAAGGAAGUCUCCUGACAGACACAGCAAGGCAGACAGCCAGGAGAGGCAUGUGCUCUGGAGAAGAGCGGCAGCAUUCCGCUCAAUUGCCGGAAGGUCUGCUGCUGCUGCUGCAGCUGCAGCUGCUGCAAAGGCAGAAGAGGAGAGUCGCCCCAGCCGCAGCCACAGCAGCAGCAGGAGACGCAGCAGCAGGAGACGCAGCAGCAGCAGGAGCAGUAGCAAACGACGCGGCGGCAGCAGCAGAAAGAGGCACAACAAAGGGCGAGGCAGGAGCCGCAGCAGCAGCAACAGUCUCAGCCGCAGCCGCAGCAGCAGUAUCGACAGCAGACACAAGAAAUCCUCAAAACGACGAGAUGGAGACGGGGACAGAGACAGAAAGCGAAGAGACUCAGAUAAGCAGCACAAAAGCAGCAGCAGCAGCAGCAGCAAAACAAAGGACAGAAAGUCGAAAGACAAAAGAAAGGAGGAGGUGGACUCGGGGAAACACAGCAGCAGCAGCAGCAAAGGACACAGCAGCAGCAGCAGCAAGAGACACGAAAGCAGCAGCAAACGACAUGGAAGCAGCAGCAAGAAACACAGCAGCAGCAGCAGCAAGAAGCGUUAG